AUGUAUGUCCCCAAGGUCGCGCCUAGGUCUCAGUCAGACAUUACGCCAACCAGCAGGCCGGCGGUCUCUUGGGGCGUCGUAUUCGUCAUUCUUGCCCUUGUAUUACCAUUCACAAUGUUCGGAAUUCUUUGUUUCCUUUUCCCAGAUUUCAGACGGCAUGGAGAUAGACACGCAAUCGACCCCGAAAAGCAGCUGGAGUUUUCUAAAAUUAGAUCGAAAGGAGGCCAACAACUCGCUAGGUUCGCAGAAGGUAUCAUGAAAUACUUCUACUGCAAUGGUGUCAAGCUACCUUCUCGGAUAAGAUCAGGACGACAUGGAACGCAAGCAUUGUCCUUGUCUACUACCUUUGAUGAUCUUUCUGAAAGACGCUACAAUGCUUGGGAUACUAGCUACUUUGGCAAUGGUGCUGAGUAUAUGUCUGGAGCCGUAGUCGGACCCAAUCGCUCUUCACAGAACACUGCACGACGACGAGGCCGACGCCGCAAUGACGAACGCACCAGUUCCUUUUUCCAUGAAAUGGCACGAAACGCUGUCACGAAGAUCCUGCUUCCAGACGGAUCUAAUCGAUAUUCGUCGAGAAACACUGAAAGUGCAAACGAUCUCGAAGUAGGGGUAGCUUCUACAGAGACAACGCCAAGUCGUCCACGAGGCUUCUCGCUGCCGAUAAUGCCAUCAACAUCGUCUAUGUUUAAGGCCAGUCAAUCUAAAUCGGAGGAUGCUCCACCAAACGAAUCAAACGACUUCUCAGCGUUCAAUACAGAGCCUCACAAAGUGCAAAUUGUGCCAUCAUCAAUGUCCUCACUAGAAACAUCUUACUACUUACCUGAGCCUGCGACAGCGGCAUACAACUAUCAUGCUCUAGCUCUGGAUGGCUGUGUCGAAGGGCCUUCAAACAUGAACGCAAGGCUGGAACAUCAGCCAAGGAAAAGCCACAGAAGCCAUAGUUGGAACUCGUCAGUAACAUCCACACUUGACAUCCCGACACUUGACAUCCCGACACUUGACAUCCCUAAACAACGAAAUCUGGAUGAUGCCUUCGAACUACAAAGCCUUCGUAAUUACGAAGCGGAGAGCUCAAUCGAUGGCGCUGUGGACUCACGUCUACCAAGCGAUGCCACAACCUCCUUCUACAACCCUGAACAUCGUAAAGUGUAUGAGCCCCCUCUUCCGGACUACAGCAUGUCCGGCUUCUACAACAUCCCCAUCAGCGUGCUCCAAUAUGGACAGCACGACUGGCAACUCUCUCCCAGCCAAGCUAUGACCAACACUCCAUUCGAUACAGCACGAACCCACCUCGCUCCCAAUACAGAGUGCCCACGAACACCAAGCCGCUGCUUCCCUCUCCGCCGUCUCCAACACAGACACAGCGACUCCUCUCUCAACGAGCGCCGUUUCCCAUACGAAGCUAGUCUCUUCGACGCCAAUGACUACCCACUCGAACCACCGGCAUCUUUGGGGCGGAAAAUGAGAGUGAGGAGAAACACUAAAAUGAGCCCUGUGCCCAAGGAGCCGAUGCUUUUCUUUGAUGGUGCCUGUGAUGAAGGGUUAGAUAUUCCACGUAAACGGCCCCUCUCUGCGCGAAGGCAAGAGGAGGAGCCAGAUGCUGGUAGAGAUUAUACUAUUGAUGAUCUGCCGUCUGGUUCGUCGCCUAAGGGAGCGUUGGCGGGGAAUCCGUUCGCUGUGAGGGAUAAGGCGAGAAACUUGUCUGGGGAAGUGGUAGAGUCACCGGAGUACCCUGGCAGAACGGCGGCGGCAGCCAGAGGGAGUCCUAUACCCUUCACACCACCGCCGAGACGGCCUACGUAUAUGACUAAUGCCAGCACUGGCUCCUCAAGCCCGGCCACGAGUCGGACAACUUCGAGAUCGCCAUCGCCGUACGUGAGCUCCCCCAUUUCUCUGAGUGGGGAGAAAGUCGACUUUGAGACGCAGAAACGGCAGUUCUCGGGUCCGGCGGAACGGGAGAGGAGUUUGAGACGCUUGAGGAGGGUUGGUGGGAAGGUUGGUGGGAAGAUUGGUGGGAGGAGUGGGUUGCAGAAGUUUGGGUUGCAUACGCAGGGGAGUUUGAUGGGUGAGAGUGGCCGUGAUGGGGGGAAUGGGGGGAAUGGGGGGAAUGGGGGUGGUACGGUCGAGAUGGAGAGAGUCGGGAAGGGUGGAGAAGAUGGCAAGAGUACAGUGGGUACCAUGUCUACGAUUGCUGUUGAUAGUGAGGAGGUUGAGAUGGGGCAGAAUCGACGGGUGGGGGGGACCGAGGGUCGGGGUGAUACGGAUGGGAUUCUUGGGGGGGUUGGUGAUGGUGGUGAGUAUGAUGGGAAUGGGGAGUUGAGGAGGAGUCUGACGCAUAAGCGUGAGGGGCAGAAGAUUCUGGGUAGUGAGGGUUUGGGUGAGGGUUUGGGUGCUGUGGUUACGGAGGGGGAGUGA